CGGUCGAAAUUUCAAAACUAAUCAUCCACGGGCUUUGUUUUGUUUUGUUUACGAUUGGGAAGAAAGACUAUGGUUUCUCCAUCUCUGAGAACUCUGUCGCUCAAUGCCCCUAUCAGCUCGCUAUUUCUAUACCCAAAUCAAAGGAUUUUCUCUAAUCGAUGCUUGCGUCUCCAGAAGACAUGGAAGCAGUCCAUGUGUUUAAGCACAAAACCCGUCGUCUCAGAUGAGAUUUUAAGGAUUAACAGCAAGGAUGCGCUGACUGGUGUCCCCGAGAACAUUGUUGUGACCUCGUCCACAAAUGAUUCUGUGUUUCUGGGGGCUACUUCAACAGAUAGAAGUUGCCGUCAUGUUUUCAAGCUUGGAGUUCUGGAAGCAGGAGUCAGAUUUCUUUGUUUGUUUCGGUUUAAGAUUUGGUGGAUGAUACCCCGGAUGGGAAACUCAGGAAGUGAUGUUCCUGUUGAGACACAGAUGCUGCUUCUGGAAGCUAGAGAAGACCAAAGUUUCUCUGCUUCUAAUGCAUCUACAUCUUACAUCCUUUUCUUGCCUGUGUUGGAUGGUGAUUUCAGAAGCAGUUUGCAGGGUAACUCAGCAAAUGAGCUCGAGUUGUGUGUAGAAAGUGGUGACCCAGCUAUAGUUGCAUCACAGUUUCUAAAAGCAGUUUUUGUGAACUAUGGAAACAACCCAUUUGAUCUGAUGAAUGAAUCCAUGAAGAUAUUGGAGAAGCAUAAGGGGACCUUUUCACUUCGUGAAACCAAAAAGAUGCCUGGAAUGUUAGAUUGGUUUGGCUGGUGCACCUGGGAUGCCUUUUAUACUGAGGUUAAUCCUCAAGGAAUAAAAGAUGGCCUAAAGAGCUUAUCUGAUGGAGGCACCCCUGCAAAGUUCAUAAUAAUAGAUGAUGGGUGGCAGGAUACAUAUAACGAGUUAGAGAAAGAAGAAGGGCUGUCUCCUGAAGAAAUACAGUUUGGGUCCAGAUUAAUGAACAUCAAAGUAAAUAAUAAGUUUCGGAAGAACGAGAAUGAAUCUCCCAAUGAGGCAACAAUUUCAACCUCAAAUUCAUUUAUAUAUUCUCCUAUAUAUUGA